UAUACAUUAAUUUUAUAAACAUAUAAAUGCGAAUAAAAAAAUGCGAAAUUGAACAUUCCUAUUUUCGCAUUGUUGAUAUACAAGAUUUGUUGGAAGUCUUUAUCGAUGUUGGAAAGAUAUAUUAUUAUUGCGAUUCAUCCAUAUGGCAUCUGCAAAGCCGACUACAUGCAAAGAAGCUAUACGGCGUUGGGAGGAGGAGAAUCAACAAACCGCAGCAACGGCGACAGAAGUAAAUUUGAGCUUUCAAUGGCCGCCAGUAGAAAAGAUGGACAAUGCGCUGGCAUCUUUGGCGAAUUGUGAAAAGCUUUCGCUAUCUACAAAUAUGAUUGAAAAGAUUGCAGGCGUUGGAACACUGAAAAAUUUAAAGAUCCUGUCAUUAGGUCGUAAUUUAAUCAAAGGUUUUGCCGGUCUUGAACCUUUAGGCGACACUCUCGAGGAACUUUGGAUUUCCUAUAAUUGCAUUGAAAAGAUGAAGGGUAUCCAGGCUAUGAGAAAUCUUCAUGUACUUUACAUGUCUAACAACUUGGUGCGAGAAUGGAACGAAUUUGCAAGGCUACAAGAGCUUGCAAAUCUUCGAGAUCUAGUUUUUGUCGGUAAUCCGUUAUACGAGAAUCUCGAGGUAGAGCAAUGGAGACUCGAGGUGGCACGGCGUCUAUCAAAUUUAGAGAAACUCGAUGGUGAACCCAUAAUACGAACGGAAGAAAAUCCAAUUCAACUAGUGAAAACUGACAGCACGCAUGAUUUACUUAAUCAAGAACCUGGCUAAUAUUUUAAAUAUUUUAUUUGUCUUACAUAUUAAAUUUGAUUUAUAUUUUUACAACGAAACAUACAAAAU